GUGAAAGCGCCGAGUGCCCGUAGUCCUCACGACGUCGUCCAGGACAAUCGAUGCGCUUCGAGGGCUCGACCUGUCGCAGCACAGGUGCAAGUUCCACCUCAUUAGUGAAGGCCGCAUCGUGGAACUCAUGCUUGCUAGAUCUCGUUGAUUCGAAGCUGUGAUCGACUUCUCGUUGGCCAUGGAGUUACAAACUCUUCCUUUCGACGUGGAGACCAUACUCGCCAAACUGAAGAAGAAGCGGGUCAAGAAGCGACGCGGUUCAGACUCGCCUCUUUACAAUGCCACUUGGCCGAUGAUCUUCGUCGUGCGCGUAUUCGGCUUCGCUCCUUAUAACUUUUCGCAGGAUCGUCUGGUGCCGUCAAACAUUAACUUGAUCUUCACGUCAAUCGCCACUAUUCUCUACACUUAUAUCUUGUACGAUGUAGUGUUUAUCAGGUUUCUAAAUGUCAAGAGAGAAACCUGGACUCUUGGUGGAACGGAGAACACAAAGGUGAUCAUGAACUACAGCGUGGUAAUGUACGAGUUGGGUUUGGCGGCAUUCACGAGACGCAGCUUCGUCAAGAUUUGGAAUGCGCUACAAGAUUACGACGAGGGCGUCAGGCAACUGGGCCAUCCUCGCAAAGAAACGCGUACUGCGAUCGCCGGUUGGAUCCUCGUAAUUGUGAGCACGCUUAUCUGGAUCGCAAUUAAUCGCUUGGGAAUGUACGCCUUUUCAGAGAAAUGGACCUCGAAUGUAGGAUACAUGAUACCCUACAUCGGUACGUCGGUGGCCAUCUACAAGUUCGUGGCGGUGGCUAUUUUUCUAGGCCAGCGGUUUCAUCAUCUUAACAUGAUUGCGGUAAAAAAUCUACCGACCUCACCGGCGGAGGGCAAUGGAACUAUUAGCAAAAAGACGAUCCUGAGUCUGCAUAACGAUUUGAUGAUUACUGCGGAGAACUUAGAGUCGCUGUAUUCGUGGUCGCUGCUCUUUUGGCUGAGCAGUCUCAGCGUGCACACCGUCAGCAACAUAUAUUUCAUAAUCGAGUGGAUGCUCGUGAAAAAGUGGGAAGUGCAGUCAUGGCCGCUAAUCUCCUGCUUGAGCAUCUGGCUACUGGCGUUUCUCCUCCAACUGUUACUACUUCAUGCCGCUUGUGACUUCGCCUCGUCUCAAGCUAAUUGCAUGGGGCCGAUUCUGAUCGAGUGGCAAGUAAGAUUGAUGAAGAGAAAUAAAGACGACGUCGAAUUGUCAUUGCACCUUCUAAACCGAAGGUUAAAGUUCUCCGCUGGCGGAUGCUUUUACGUGAACUUACCGUUAUUACGUUCGUUUGUGAUCGCUAUUUGAACAAUCGUUGUGUAAAUGUACACAGUUAAAUACCUCUAGUUGUGGAUUACACAGGAAUUUUGAUAUCAGACAUUAUAUCGCAUGCACUUUACUUCCCAUGCACGCGAGAACAAUCGCAAGUAUGUAGCAAUUAAUCUCACGAUCCGUCGCUCAAAUUUCAACUUAGCUAAAAGUUUAAUACCGGAUGAGAGCGACGUUUCCUGCACAUGUAGAACACGUAUAUCGAAGGAUUAAGAGGAUUAAUGAUGACGAGAGCUGCGCGGUAUUAAGACCUGCGUGUUUUUUAUUUUAUUUAGAUGUUACGAAUAAACGUAAAUCAUUCGCAUCGAUCAUCGUUUCAAAAUUGCUGAAUUACCUAGGUGAUCUCGUGGAAAAUUAAAUACGUUUCUCACUACGAUGUUAUCACGGCAACUAUACGACUUAAAGACGAACGUGCAUUCCUGUAUUCUCCACGUCGCGUUGAUGAUUCAAUCGAGAUAGUAAAAGCGUCACGUUUAUCAGAUGCGAUAUUUCUAUGCAAAAUUAUAGAUACGUAGCGGCAAAGAUAACAGUUAUGUCAAAACCGCGAGAUGAAAAUGAACGUUAGGAUUUACAUCGAAAUAUAAAUUAAAAGCAAAUGUGGUUUUAAAUUGAAACGCCGUGCAUAUGAAAUAAUAACUGUAUCUCGCCGUGUAUAUAAAUAUUUUUAUUAAUUGCUGCGUCCACAUGUGCUCGCGGAACAUACCGCGUGGAAUGUUUGUCAACGUGGGCUUUGAAUAUACAACAAAUGCAAGUAGCUCUAUUCGUUUUUGUAUCAAUAGACACGCGACUAGGAAAACAAAUGUUCACCGUUCAAGUGUUUUUAUAUUAAAUAUUGUGAUAUAAGGAAGUGGAGCUUAAUUGAUUGACCUCGGUCCAGUAUUCGCAAAUAAUUCGGGACACCGUAAUAUUAGCGCAAACGUGCUGGUAAAUCGCGUAACCGGAACGCGCCCUUCGAUUUCACGAGUCCUGCAAGCUGAAUGAGGGCUCGUGUGUACUCGAGUCGUUACGUUGCCGUUAGGAACUAAUACUUGCGCGAAACUUUACAGCUAGUAGUGCAAUUGUACGAGUACAUAACUUGGAGGGCCGUCCGACCCUUAAAGCUCCCGCGAGUUUCUGCUUAACGCGAGGCUCCGGUUUUCUUGCAAGAAAUUGUCUCUGAUCUUGACGCCACUCUCUAUAUUUACGUCGCAAUUACGCGCAGCGUGUUCAUCGAGACUCUAAACACAUUUCAGGAAUCGUCUAAUGAACGAUAAUUAACAACUUGUGUUUUGUAUUCUGCAUAUUGUUAUUUUAUAUCUCAACGUAAAGAGAAAGGGAUUGCGAAGCGAUCUUAUAUUAAUUCACAAAUAACGUUAUAAUAGUAUAAUAAUUUAUACGGCUCGGUUAUUUCAGAUACAUCGAAUACCUGGACUUUAUUCGGAUAUUGGAAAAUCAUUAUGUGAUCGAUAUUGCUUUCAGAUCGCCUCACUGAUGACCACAUAUCUGGUUAUACUACUGCAACUUCACUGAGAGCGCGCUGGCGAUAA